AUGUCUGGAUACGGCCGUGGACGUGGACGUGGUGGUGAUGGUGGCUACGGUGGUGGUCGCGGUGGUGGUUAUGGUGGUGGUGGUGGUUACGGUGGUGGCCGCGGUGGUGGUGGUGGCCGCGGUGGUUAUCAAGGUGGUGGUGGACGCGGCGGUGGUGGUGGUGGUCGUGGUCGUGGUGGCAGCGACGAAGAACGGUUUCCGCACUCGGGGUAA